AUGGAACCAUCUAGUUUAGAGGAAAAAAAGCCAAAAGUAUGUCGGUCACAGAGAGGUUGCUACUGGUGUCGUGUAUCCAAAAAGAAAUGUACGGAAAAACGCCCUAUAUGUGCUCGGUGUGAGCUAGGAGGGAAACAAUGUAUUUGGCCACAGAGCAUCGAUGGAAAGACUUUCAUUAUCAACGGAGAACCUUGCAAGGUCAGGAGACCCGAAGUGAAAGUAAGAAGCAGAGAAGGGUGUUUUCAAUGUCGUCAGAGAAAGAAGAAGUGCCCUGGUAAUCGACCACAGUGCAGGCGGUGCGCACUUCGGAACGAUGAUUGCCACUGGCCCGAGUUCCACAACCAAUCUCUUGCCAACUACGAGUAUCAGCAGAAAUCAAAACCGAACUUACCUAUUUUGCAAAGAACUGAGGUCUUGGGAGAUGUUCGAAGGCUUCCAGAACCACUAAGCCCACGAGUCUUCGUCAAAGAGCUCUUUUUCAACAUCUUUUUCAAUGUUGCUAUUACCUCGCUUAUUCCACCUAGCUCAAUGUCAGAGAUUUCUGAACUGACAUACCGUGAGUCCAUUGAGAGCUCGAUGGUAAAGAAAGUCAUAAUCUCGUAUAGUGCAGCCCUACUAGGUGAAAAACUGACUCGAGAUUUGGUGGAGGAAACAAAGCAAGAAGCCAUCAACGAGAUGUUGCUAGAAAAGGACUCACAGUCUGUCAGGAAACAAUUAUCCAAGCUCCAGUGCUCAACCAUUCUCAUGCUGCGCGACUUCCUUGUGGAGACAAACCCAUCUGUUUUGCUCCGCAACAUAAACUACGUUCUUGAGCAGAUACGUUCCUGCAAGAAUUUGAACAUCAAAAAUAUCCGGCUGUUUGUCGAUAGUUUCACAUACCAUCACACAGUUGGCAUUUUAUCAUGCACAAGAGAGUGCAUCGAAUACGUCCCAAACCCCUUUGUUCUCGAAAGUGAACUAAAACAGUUUUUUCCAGAGAGUAACAAUAUUUCGACAAAUCCGCUUCUGGGAAGGGCCUUCAAAUGUUUCAUCAGCGCUGCAAAAGCCUCAUAUAUUUUGAAGUCGCAAACUAUCGAACUGAAAGAUAUCGUGGACACAAUGCUUCAAAUUGAUGAGCAGCUGCAAGCCGAAUUGUAUUCCUACACCUCUUAUACAUCUGAUGACUAUACGCUUAAAAUGGUGGGUAUUGCAACACUGUGCGCCAGCAAAAUUCUCAUAACCAAGAGCUUGCAACCUGAUAUAUCUGCUAGCUCCAAAGAUAUACAUGAUAUCUUCACUAUAGGCUUCAGAUCAUUUGAAAGGAUCCCCGAGUUGCUCGACCACAUUGUCUGCGGGGGAAUAUGGGCUCUUUUUGUUCUUGGGAUUUGUGCUCAGCAAACCCGUCAUCAGCAUCAGGUUAAAGCUCAUAUUCAUUGCUAUUACCGCAGAUCGCACAAGCCUAAUCUCUUGAAUGUGCUUAAGCUACUGGAAUAUGUCUGGGACAAUAAACUGGGGCUUGAUAUACUGGAUGAUCACCAUGCUUUGUCAUACAUCACUCUUGCCUAG